GGAUCGCGUAUGUUUCUAAUCUAAUCUUCGAAGCUAUGACCACCGCGACGCGGUUGCUGUUCCUCAUUCCUCGGUUUCCAUCCUAACCUCCGACGCUCCUCAACUCCAUACGAACUUGCAGGAGCAAACUCAAUCACCAUGACUACAAUUAGAAAAAUACGCAACCCGCACGUGCCGGAGGAGAUCUGGCUCCACAUCCUCUCCUGUUCCCGCGAUCCCAACUUUCUCUGGUCUGUGUGCCGCAGAGUCUCCAGGUCCUUCCGCAGCCACGUCGAUACCAUCUUUCGCGACAAAUAUAUCAAAGAGACCUAUAUUGUCUUCAACGACUCUAUCCAGGCACGCUGUGUUCGAUAUUUUCGCGUGGAGACUACGUUUGACCGAUUCUCCGAGGACAAGACACGGGUGUUCUUCAAAGACACGACGGAGGAAGAGUCAGACGAGGAAGAGGACGAGGACGAGGACGAUGUCUUUCGAAGGCACCGCAUCAGGAUUGAGAACAAACACGUUCCCCAAAAAUGGAAGGAAGCAAUGCGAUGGUACACCGGCCCGCCUCUUGGAUCCAACAAUCCUAAGGAACUAGGUCGGGUAGACCAGCCGCCAUACAUGAUUCGGGUCCGCCGCGACUUGAACGACACGGAGAUCCCAGGCCUCGAGAUUGACUAUGAGAAACGUGAAGUCUCGUUCGACUGGCGGGCAAUGUACUCGAUGUUCUUUAGAGAGGAGGAGUAUGUUGAGAACAAAAUCAAGAAGAUGGCCCAGCAAGCUAGCGUUGACGCGUUGAACCUGCAGGCAAUGGUGGAAUCUGGGGGCAUGGAGCUGAUAGAUGCUAUGCAGCGCCUAGUGGUGCGAGUGAAGACGUCAGAAGACGAUGCACGUCGUGAUGCGAGGCGCAAACGUUUGAAUGAUAUCUAUGUUGCACAUGGACUGAGUGGCUACGAUUCGGAUAUCUUUUCGGAUGAGGAAAAAGAGAUAUUAGAUCAGAUGGCUGCUUCGCGACUCACACUCGAUCGAAUGGUCAUGAGUGACGACGGGGGAGAGCAAGAGGGCGACGACGAGGGCAGCGAAUCUGACGAGUGGGAAGAUAUGGGUGAAGAUGAAGAGUAG